AUAUUGAACUUUGAUAGUCCUAAAAUCGCCAUCUUUACCGAAACCACUAGCAAGCAAUAUUCAAAGAUGGCACGGGAGAUCAAAGAACCCUGCAAGAAGGAAGCCUGCGACAUUCAAGCUUGUCUCUCCAAGAACAACUUUCUUCCCCAAAGGUGUAUCAGAGUUAUUCAAUUACUACAAUCAUGCUGUGAGCAAUGCGAGAAUAAAUCAACUCAUUGUGGCUCUGUUUCUGGUCUCUUAAAGCAAAUAAACAAGUGAUGUGUGACCUGAAAACAAAAGGGUAUAAGGAAAUGAAAUCUUUUUUUCUUUUUUGAGAAAGAGUAAAAGAUCUUAUAGGUAAUUUCAACUCUUUUUCAUGCUUUGUGAUACUAAAUAUUAUGUAUCCCACUAUCCUAUAGUUACAAGAAGAUAAAUCAACUCAAUGUUGAUCACUGUGAUAAUUCAGUUCAGUUGUUGAAUUUUGGCUGCAAAAACUGCAGGAAUAAAUGAUGACACACUCAUUCUUAACAUUGGUCGUGCUAGAGAUUGGAGUCUGUGUUAAUGCUGUAAUCUGUAUUCAAGAAAUCUUUAAAUAACUUGUACAUUUAUUAAUUAUAUAGUUACAUGCUAUAUCUAGGUUAACUAAA